UGGACCAAGGUCCUUGCUUGAUAUCUGUGCGAUUAAAAAUUACCAACAAAGUUUUGUUGACGUCAACAAGUUAUCAUUAGGACUCUUCAAUAAAAACAGCAUGAAUUUAACUCCGAUUAUUACGUAUAAUUUCCAAGGGCUUCAAAAUGCUCUAUCAAAGAAUAAUAUUCAACAUUUACAAAUCUUAAUCAAUACACAAAAAGAUCAUUCCGCCGAUGCAACAAAAUCAUUUCUCGACGCCCUAAAAAUGCAUUCAACAUCUUUAACUUUUCUCAGGAUAGAAGAUGAAGAUAUUUCAACUUCGUCCAAUCAACUAUUCUUAUCC